AUGCCCGAAGAAAUUCUCAACGACAUCUCACACCGCCGAUUCAACCCGCUUCGUGGUUCCUGGAUCCUUGUCUCGCCGCACCGUACCAAGCGUCCUUGGCAGGGCCAGCAGGAGGCCUCAAAGGAGACGACACUCCCCGCUUACGAGCCUUCCUGCUACUUGUGCCCGGGCAACAAGCGCGCGGCGGGCGACUCGAACCCCAAGUACGAAAGCACCUAUGUCUUCGUGAACGACUACUCGGCCGUCAAGGAGGCCCAAGCCGAGUACACUCCGACGGCGCAAGACAGCGACAGCCUCGAGUCGCGCCUCCUCCAGGUGGAGCCGGUCACGGGCAAGUGCUAUGUGAUCACGUUCUCGCCGGCGCACAACAUGACGUUGGCGGACAUGGUCCCCGCGGACAUCGUGCCGGUGAUCGAGACGUGGACGCGCAUCUACACGGCGCACCUGUCGCCAAACUCGCCCCUCGCCGCUGUUGCGAGCGCCACGACCCUGGCGCCGCUUGGCCAUGACAGCGCCGUCACGGCGCCGGCGCAGCAGCUGCGGUACAUGCAGAUCUUCGAAAACAAGGGUGCGGCCAUGGGCUGCUCGAACCCCCAUCCGCACGGCCAGAUCUGGACCUCAACGGGCCUCCCCGAGGAGCCGGCCCUGGAGCUUGAGCAGCUGCAAAAGUACCGCCGCGACCACAGCGGCAAGAACAUGCUAGAGGACUACGCGCAGCUAGAGGCUAGCAAGAAGGAGCGCAUUGUUUUCGAGAACGAGACGUUCCUAGCGCUGUGCCCCUGGUGGGCGGUGUGGCCGUUUGAGGUGAUGAUCGUGAGCAAGAAGCACAAGCGGGCGCUGGUGGACUUGAAUGAGACGGAGAGAGAAAAUCUGGCGGAGGCGAUUUCGGAGGUGACGAGGCGGUAUGAUAACUUGUUCGAGUGCCAUUUUCCGUACAGCAUGGGUCUUCACCAAGCUCCUCUGGAGGGCACGGAUGAGGAGAUUGAGGCCAGCCAUUUCCACAUCCACUUCUACCCACCUCUGCUCCGAAGUGCGACUGUGCGCAAAUUCCUUGUUGGUUAUGAGAUGAUGGCUGAGCCGCAGCGUGACAUCACCCCAGAACAGGCCGCCGCUCGUCUGCGCGACUGUGGAGGCGAGCUCUACAGGAAGAAGGCCCAGUCUUAG